UCCAUAAUAUCAAUUCUAGCUUCUUCUUUGCUUUUUAUAAUCUAGUUUAGAAAUCUUAAUACCUAAACCCCACCUCGAGGCUUGAACUAAUGAGCCCAUGGAUACUGCGCGCAGGCCCCUCAUGGCAAGCGGAGGUACCACUUUGCCCAACAUGGGCAAUGGUAACAAUUAAAUAGGAUAAUCACACUAGUUACCGUGAGUGAAAUAAGUUUGAAAAAUAUUUUAGCAUGAGGGGUAUAACACUUUUUUUAUUGGUGCAUAAGUUUGAUUGUGAACACAUAUUGAAACAAAUUUGCCACCAAUUUGUAGGUUGUUUCAACAGAAGCACGAGCAAUGUACAAUCUUGGGCGAUCUGGAUUAACGUUUUGGAGCCCAACCAUCAACGUUGCAAGAGAUCCUAGAUGGGGAAGAAUCACUGAGACACCUGGUGAAGAUCCUUUCGUUCUUGGCACAUAUGCCUCGAAUUACGUGAGAGGUUUACAGGAUGUUGCAGGGACAGAGCACUAUAAAGAUUUGAAUACUAGACCACUCAAAGUUGCCGCAUGUUGCAAGCAUUUUCCUGCAUAUGACAUUGACAAUUGGCAUGGAGUUCAUCGCUUCCAUUUUGAUGCUAGGGUGAUAGAGCAAGAUUUGGAAGAGUCAUUCCUGCGGCCAUUUGAAAUGUGUGUUAAAGAUGGUGAUGCUAGCAGUGUUAUGUGUUCUUUUAACCGUGUUAAUGGAAUACCAUCUUGUGCUGAUCCAAAGCUUUUGAGAGAGACCCUUAGACAAGAAUGGAAUCUUCAUGGCUAUAUAGUUGCUGAUUGUGAUUCCGUUGAAGUAAUGGUAACGGGUCACAAAUUUCUUAACGACUCAAAUGAGGACGUUGUUGCACAAACACUAAAAGCAGGAUUGGAUUUGGACUGCGAAGCCUAUUACCCCAAGUACCUCGGAAAUGCAGUGAACCAAGGGAAGGUUAGAGAGUCAAAUAUAGACGAGGCACUACAAAACCUUUAUAUUGUGCUUUUGAGAGCAGGGUACUUUGAUGGACUGCCUGCAUACAAAGCUCUUGGUGAAAACGACAUAUGCACCAACAGAAGCAUUGAGUUAGCCACUCAAGUAGCAAGAGAAGGAAUUACUCUUCUGAAAAAUGAUGGACCAACUUUGCCUUUAAACACUGCCACGUUCAAAACUCUAGCAGUUGUUGGACCACAUGCCAAUUCUACCGUUGCGAUGAUUGGAAAUUAUGCAUUUGACCCAAAAAAUCCUGGUAGUCCAUGCCAUGAUCUAAAUUGCAGAGAUUUACACACUGCCAUGAUCUAAAUUAUAUGGCUAACAAGACCAAGCCUACUUGCCCAGCAAUUUUAGUAAGCGACUUGCAAUGCGGCGAGUAUAUUGAGUUAACUCUUGUAGUCCAUAAUGUGGGUGGAAAAGUUGGGAGUGAAGUUGUCUUGGUUUACUCCAAGCCCCCAGAUGGUAUUACCGGUACUUUUCUUAAGCAGUUGAUUGGUUUUCAGAGGGUUUACAUAGCGGCUGGUGCGAGCCAAGAAGUUAAGUUUGUGUUCAAUGGUUGCAAGAGCUUGGGCAUUGUAGACAACGCUGGUAAUAAUAUUUUGCCUUUCGGUGGGCACACCAUUAUAGUUGGAGAUGGUGUAGCUUCUUUUCCGGUUCAAGUCACAUUUCAUAAUUAGGGCCAACCUAUUUUGUUUUUAUUUUUUUUGAGAAUAUUAAAGCAAUCCUAAAGAGGGGAAUGCUUGUCAUAGAAAUGCUUGAUUUUUUAAGGGUAUUUUUUUUUUUCUUUUAACAUUUUGUAAUAAAGCUCAUGAUUUUUUGUAAACAUAUAUUUUAACAAAGUUUAUGAUUUUUUGUAAAAAA